CACUAGCAUUGGCGAACUCCCUUACAGACAGAGAGGGGUAAUUUUGCUGAAACUUCAAACCAUGGAUUAAGCAUUCAGAAGCUUUCGGAGUUUGGUUUCUUUUGGAGACGUAACGUAUUUUAGUUCCAGCAGAAAGAUGCCACAUGGUUCAGAUGAUGUCCGCAAGAAGUUUAUUCUGACCACAACUGGAAACUUCUAUGGAUUAAAGCCAUCAUCAUCACUGACUGACAGCCCCGAGCUCAAUAACUUCUUAGAUGAUGGAAAUGAAUUUGUCUUAUCUGUCAGCAGACAUGACAAUGACCUUCGCUUAUCAAAUAAGAUUGAAGCUGUGGGGGAGACUAGAGAGAAUGUGCUGGUGUUCUUCAAGCUGCGUCCCACAGUGAUCACAGAAGAUAACCUUCAUCACAGCCUUCUGGUUUCAUCCAUGCUGGAGUCUCCCAUUAACACCCUCUAUCAGGCUGUCAGACAGGUUUUCGCACCUGUACUGCUAAAGGAUGAGCGUUGGCGUUCUGCAUUUGACCCUAAACUGGCUGGCCUCCUGAGUGAGCUGGAGCUGGGUCUGGGUUCAGUAGUUCGCCAGUCUGGGACACAACCUUCUGCCAAGAAGGGUCGCACAGAGGAAGAUGUCGUGGGCAUCCUGACUCCCAGCGAUGAGUUCCAGUACUGGGCAGAUCUCUCAGAGUCUGCAGAGAAGAGUAGUUUGAGAGAAAGAGCUCAACAUUUCACUGAGCACUUCAAACCAAUACAAAAGGAAUACGAUGGUCUCGAUAGCCUGUCUAUGUCUGAUGUUAUGGAUCUGGUGGAACAGAGCAGGGAUGCUCUGGAUGACAUUUGGAGGCAGACUGAUUACGACCCUUACCCAGAGACACGCAUGGUCCGCCUCAUGGAUGUCAUCGGCGGGGCCCUGGGGAGAUUUGUCCAGAGGAAGCUGAGUGGUCUUAAAAUCUUUGAGGAACCAUUUGUUUUAGUGAGAGAGAACCUGAGAACGGGUUUUGCCAUCUGUGAACAGUGGGUUGUAGCCUGUGAGCAUUUAACUGGACAGGUGUGGAAGAGACAUGCCCCCCACCCCUGGAAGGGAAACAAACACUCCCCGGAAACCCUGCAAUGCCUCGCAAACAGAUUGAAUGAAGUUGUGACUCUACGUGUGGUUCAUGAGAAGCUGCUGUGUUUGCUACCAGGAGCGAAGCAACAGGCUCUGACUGUAGAGCGUGUUUUCGAACCAUUCUCUGGGCUCAACCCUCUGCAUUACAACCCUUAUACAGAGCCUCUUUGGAGAGCAGCAGUGGCUCAGUUUGAGCGUCUAAUGGCUCCAUCAGAGCAGGAGGUUGCUGGCAGACUGAAGAGCUAUAUAGCUGAUGUACAGGACAACCCACAACAGCUAUUACAGGUAUUUCUGAAACAUAAGGAGCUGAUAAGACGUCCCACCAUCAGCAAAGAACUGCAGUCAGAGAGAGAGACCCUACUGGCGAGAUUACUAGACGACAACAAGGGUCUGAAAACUGACUUUGAGAUUCGCUGCCAUGGAAGUCCUGGUGACAAGUCUGGCCCUCUUAUUGGCCGAAACCUCUCUGAGGUGGUCAACAAAAUAGUUUGGGUGCGGCAGCUCCUACACAAGGUGGAAGACUCUGUCCGCAUAGCUGAGGCUCUGCUUUCAGAUCUCUCUGGGCUCAAAGGGUUCCUGCAUUUCUGUGAUGACCUGCUGGAGAUUCUGAGGGCCUAUGAACAAGAGCAGUUUGAGGACUGGUCAAGAGAUAUACUUUCUGAGCUGACUGACCCAAAGUCAGGGAUCAGUCUUCAGGCCAGUAACCGUGUGAUGGAGCUGGACCAUGAUGAUGGCAGACUCAAGAUUCAGUACUCAGACAGACUAGUCAGUCUGCUCAGGGAGGUCAGGCAGCUCUCUGCCCUGGGCUUUUCCAUCCCAGCCAAGAUACAACUGGCUGCUAAUACUGCAGAUAAAUUCUACAGACAAGCCAUUGUCCUAAAACAGGUUGCUCAUUUCUACAACACCAUUGACCAGCAGAUGAUUCCCUCUCAGAGACCUAUGAUGCUAAAUCUUGCCCUGGCCUUUGAGCAUGUCAUUAAGGGCUUCAGGUCUGAUGACAUGCGGGCGUGGCGUCAGCACUGGAACCAUCAGCUGUACAAAGCUCUUGAACACCAGUAUCAGACUGGGCUGGAAGCACUGAACAAGAACUUACCAGAAAUACACAUUGAUCUCACUUUCAAGCAGGGCCGCUUACAGUUCUCGCCACCAUUUGAGGAGGUGCGUGCACGCUAUUUUAGAGAAAUGAAGCGUUUCAUCUCGAUCCCAAACCAGUUCCGAGGGGUCAGCACCCAGGGGGAGGAGCUCAUCUUCAACAUCAUGAUUGACAGGAAUGCGUCUGGGUUCCUCACAAUUUUCAGCAAGGCUGAGGACCUCUUUAGUCGCCUGGAAGCUAUACAACACAAGUUCAAGGAGUGGGUGGUGUUGGGACAGACUGAUUUAGAGAAGUUGAUCGAGAAGCAUUUGAGUUCUGUGCAGGACUGGGAAAGAAAUUUCAAGGCCCUGAAAGCCAAGGGAAAAGAGUCAGAACGUUUACCCAGUCAGGAGAAAGUGGACUGUAUCACCGUCAACUGUGAGCCUGUAAAAGCCGCCAUAGAUGACCUGAUUCAGAGGCUGUUUGACAUGCUGCUCCUCUCACUUAGGAAAUCUAUACAAGGCCACACACAAGCAAUAGAAACUUUUGUGACAGAAUCAAUGGAGGCCUUGUCCACUCGACCAGAGAGUAUGGAGGAAAUUGGUGCGGCUAGUGCCAAAUAUAACCAGAUACUUGCCCGCAAACCUGAAAUUCUACCUCAGUUCCAAUUUGCUGAGGAGAAGAACCGCUUGCUACGUGCGGUGGCUGGAGCUGGGCUGGACUCUCUCUCUUCACUCAGGGCCAAGUGGGACAAACUGGAGCUUGUCAUGGAGAGCCACCAGCUAAUGGUCAAAGACCAGGUGGAGGUGAUGCGAAGUUAUGCGGCCAGUCGUAUCGAUGUUUACAGGGCAGAUCUGGAGCGGUUUAAGGCACGCUGGGACCAGCUAAAACCUAAAGAUGAGAUGCUUGAGACUGGUGAUCAUGCUGCCCUGCUUGCAUGUCUUCAGACAAUCAGGGACAAACAGCAAGAGUUUGAGGAGCUAGAGCUUGUGCGCACUAAGCUGAUUGAAGACUGUGCCUAUUUCAAUCUGGAGACUCCGUCUUUCUCUGUGGCCGAAGAGACAAAAAGACACAUGGAGGAAUGCAGCCAAAUGUGGGGUCUGUAUGAGGAGUGGCACCAAGGGUUCUCAGAGAAGGCCCAGGAAGACUGGAUAUCAUUCAGGAGUAAAACAUAUGUAUUUGAGGAGUUUUUGUUUACCUGGCAAGACAGACUAAGAAAACUAGAGCAACCCACUGUGAUGUCUGUUAAACUACAAGGGGAAGUCGACAAAUACAAGAACAUGAUUCCAGUGCUGAAGUAUGUACGUGGGGACCACCUGUCUCAGGACCACUGGUUGGACAUGUUCCGUUUACUAGGCCUCCCAAGAGGGAUGACUUUAGAGAGACUUACCUUUAGUGACCUUCUUGCUGUGGCAAAUACCAUCAUAGAGAAAGCAAUGGAGCUCAAGGAUCUGAACAGUCGUGCUCAGGCGGAGGUGACGAUCAGAGAAGCUCUGAGGGAGCUGGAUUUGUGGGGAGCUGCAGCUACCUUCACCCUCACUGAGUACACAGACAGCAGUGGGCGCACUCUCACCCUCAUCAAGGACUGGAAGGAUAUUGUCAACCAGGUGGGAGAUAAUCGCUGUCUGCUGCAGUCGCUGAAGGAUUCCCCUUAUUACCGCAGCUUCCAGGACAAGGUCAGUCUGUGGGAAGUUCGUCUGUCUGACUUGGAUGAGUAUCUGCUCAGUCUGAAUGCCAUCCAGAGGCGCUGGGUUUAUUUGGAGCCCAUUUUUGGACGAGGAGCAUUGCCCCGAGAGGAGGCUCGCUUCAAACGAGUUGAUGAAGACUUCAGGUCUAUAAUGUCAGACAUCCAGAGAGACAACAGAGUUGUUUCUCUGAGUUCGAGGGCUGGCAUCAGAAACUCCCUCGUCACCAUACUGGACCAACUACAGCGCUGCCAAAAGUCACUCAAUGAGUUCCUGGAGGAGAAACGGUCUGCCUUCCCACGUUUCUAUUUCAUUGGAGAUGAUGAUCUGUUAGAAAUUCUUGGGCAGGCAACCAACCCUAGUGUCAUCCAGUCACACCUAAAAAAACUCUUUGCAGGCAUCCACAGUGUUGUGUUUGAUGAGCAUUGCCAGCACAUUGUCGCCAUGUGUUCUUUGGAGGGAGAAAUUGUGCCACUCAGAAAUAGUGUACACAUAUCCAGCCUUGUGGAGGUGUGGUUAAGUGAGCUGUCUGUGGAAAUGAAGGAGACCCUAAAGCACUUGCUGUAUGAAUGUGUGUCGGCAGCAAAGAAAGGGGAAGUGGACCCCUCUCGUUAUCCAUCACAGAUCCUGUGUCUGGCUGAGCAAAUCCAAUUUACUGAAGAUGUGGAAAGAGCUAUAAAAGAACAAAAUUUGCAUCAGUUGGAGUUGGAGCUUAACAGCAAAUUAGAAGUCUAUACCACAGUGGACACCAGCUCUGAUAACACAGAGUCUAGUGUCCUGCAAUUGAAGCUGAAGGCCUUGAUCCUGGAUAUUAUCCACAACAUCAGUGUGGUGAAGCAACUUAACCAGGCAGGAGUUACCACUACUGACGCCUGGGCCUGGAAGAAGCAGCUUCGGUUCUAUAUGGGGCUGGACCAAUGCUGCCACAUACAUAUGGUGGAUGCACAAUUCAGCUAUACCUAUGAAUACCAGGGGAAUGUGGCUAAGCUGGUGCAUACUCCACUGACUGAUAAAUGCUACCUGACUCUGACCCAGGCAAUGAAGAUGGGGCUCGGGGGGAACCCUUAUGGGCCAGCCGGCACAGGCAAGACUGAGUCCGUCAAAGCCUUAGGAGGGCUGUUUGGACGUCAAGUGCUGGUGUUCAACUGUGACGAGGGUAUCGAUGUGAAGUCAAUGGGACGGAUCUUUGUGGGGUUGGUGAAGUGUGGAGCAUGGGGCUGCUUUGACGAGUUUAACCGUUUAGAGGAAGCAGUACUGUCUGCAGUUUCCAUGCAGAUUCAGGCCAUUCAAGACUCUCUCAAACACCAUAAGAACACAUGCGAUCUGCUAGGGAAGGAGGUGGAAUUGGACCCUAAUUCUGGAGUCUUUAUCACAUUAAACCCGGCAGGAAAAGGCUAUGGAGGCAGACAGAAACUUCCAGACAACCUAAAGCAACUGUUCAGGCCUGUGGCCAUGAGCAGGCCAGACAAUGAGCUCAUUGCUGAAGUCAUCCUCUACUCCGAGGGCUUCAAAAAUGGAGAAAUACUGGGAUGCAAACUGGUAGCAAUCUUCAACCUGGCAAGAGAGUUGUUGACUCCUCAGCAACACUAUGACUGGGGUUUGCGAGCUCUAAAGACAGUGCUGAAGGCCUGCGGCGAUCUCCUGCAGCAACACAGAAGGAAUCGCAACAAAGAAAAGAUUGAAGAGAGUAGUCUGGUAGUGCAGGCCUUAAGACUGAACACAAUGUCCAAGCUGACCUUUGCCGAUAGCUCUCGGUUUGAUGCUCUGGUGAGAGAUGUCUUCUCUGGGGUUGAUUUCACUGACGUGGAGGACCAGAUACUAACACAUGCACUGGAACAAGUUUAUAAGGAGGCACAGCUUGAACUUAUACCCAGCCAGCUAAAGAAGGCAUUGGAGCUAAAUGAACAGCUAAGACAACGUAUGGGCGUAGUUGUUGUCGGGCCAAGCGGAGCAGGCAAGUCCACACUGUGGAGGAUGCUCAGGGCGGCUCUCGGCAAGACAGGAAAAGUGGUGAAGCAGUACACAAUGAAUCCUAAGGCCAUGCCCAGACAACAGUUGUUGGGACAUAUAGACAUGGACACCAGAGAGUGGUCUGAUGGCGUCCUCACCCACAGUGCCAGGAACGUGGUCAAAGAAUCUCAGGAGGUGAACUCUUGGAUCGUGUGUGAUGGCGACAUUGAUCCUGAGUGGAUUGAGAGUCUGAAUUCUGUCCUUGAUGAUAAUCGACUGUUAACCAUGCCCAGUGGCGAACGCAUCCAGUUUGGACCUAAUGUUAACUUCCUGUUUGAGACUCAUGACCUCAGCUGUGCCUCACCAGCUACCAUAUCCCGCAUGGGCAUGAUCUUUCUCAGUGAUGAGGACAUUGAUGUGGGUGCCUUGGUGAAGUCGUGGUUAAAGGGUCAGCCAGAAGAGUGUCACAAUAAUCUUGAAAACUGGCUGGGCGAUUACUUCCAAAGAUCUCUGGACUGGGUCCUCAAGCAGAAUGACUUUGUGGUGGAAACUAGUUUAGUGGGCACAGUGUUCAAUUGCCUGUCUCACCUCAAUGCUGUGAAGGAGAGGGGCCAGUUCAUCGUUGGUCUACUGAGAGGUAUGGGAGGAAACCUCAACCUCAAAACACGACAGGAGUUUGCCAAAGAGUUGCUGAGCUGGGCCAGGGAAAGCCCACCAGACCCCAGAAAACCAUUGGAUACUUACUAUAACACUGACAGUGGUCAUCUAGCAAGUUACAUGUUCCAGCGUCCCGAGGGUCUCACGCUGGAGCAGUUCUCUCAUACACACAUGCUACCUGUGAUUGAGACUCCAGGCAUGCAGAGAGGUCUGCAGGGUUUCUCUCCUUGGCUCACCACACAGCACAGGCAGCCCUUCAUGGUCGUAGGGCCAGAGGGUUGUGGAAAGGGCAUGCUCCUGCGCUACGCCUUCUCUCGGCUGCGUUCCACCCAAGUUGCUGUGGUUCACUGCAGCGCCCAGACAUCAUCACGCCACGUCCUACAGAAACUGAGCCAGACGUGCCUGUUGCUCAGCUCUAACACUGGUCGAGUUUUCAGACCCAAGGACUGCGAGAACUUGGUCCUUUAUUUAAAAGACAUCAACCUACCCAAACCGGACAAGUGGGGGACCAGCAACCUCACUGCCUUCCUCCAGCAGGUGUUGACCUAUAAGGGGUUCUAUGAUGAAAAUCUGGAGUGGGUCAGUCUUGAGAACAUACAAGUGGUGGCCUCCAUGUCCACAGGGGGUGCUGUCGGGACCCAUUCACUCACAACCCGCUUCUCUUCUAUAGUACGCAUCUGCACAAUAGAUUAUCCAGACAGGGAGCAGCUGCAGACUAUCUACUCAGCUUACCUGCAGCCAGUUCUCCAGCACAGCCUGAGCAGCCAGGCAGCCUGGGCUAGCACAGGGAAAACUCACCAGCUGGCUGGGUCUCUUGUGCAGCUCUAUGAACAGGUAAAAGCCAAGUUCACAGUGGAUGACCACAGCCAUUAUGUGUUUACACCUUGUAUUCUCACAGAAUGGGUUCUCAGCCUGCUGCGGUAUGACCUCACUGCAGCUCAAUCUAAUGUGACAGACAGCGUGUUGGAGGUGGUAGCAUACGAGGCCAGGAGGCUCUUCAGAGACCGACUAGUUUCCUCCAAAGACCUUCACACCUUUGAUAACAUCCUCUCCUCCAUCAUCCGAGGGGACUGGGGCUCUGAUGCUCUAGAUAACAUGACUGGGAAGCAUCUGAGGACACCACUUUGCGAAACAACACCCUCCCAAUCCAAGAGCCCUGAUGCAGCAGCCCGGGCUCCCUCCAAGGACGGAGAGCUAGCAUGCAAGAUGCGGUUACCGUCAGCCUCCUCCGGAGGUGAUGUGAUGCAAACAGGCGGGUCGAGCGCCGGCGCUGGCAACAAAACGCACAUUGACGGAGCUUUGGGCUCCGUCAAUGUUCUCCUAGUGUGGACGACCCCCAGGCAGACAGGGCAGGGAGUCGUGCUGUACAGUCGAGAUAACAGAGAGCUGGAUCUUCUCCUGUUCUGGGAAGUGUGCGACUUUGUGUCCAGGGUAGAUCGGGUCCUAAGCAGACCUGGUGGGUCUCUGCUUUUGGCAGGGCUCAGCGGAGUGGGUCGGCACACAGCCACGUGCCUGGUGUCACACAUGCACGGAUACACGUUGUUUACUCCCAAAAUCUCCCGUGGUUACACCCUGAAGCAUUUCAACAGUGAUCUCAAGACGGUGAUGCAGCUGGCAGGUCUGGAGGGCCAACAGGUGGUUUUACUAUUAGAGGACUAUCAGUUUGUCCACCCAGCUUUCUUAGAGAUGGUGAACAGCCUGCUGUCAUCAGGUGAAGUUCCAGGUCUAUAUACCCCUGAGGAACUGGAGCCACUCCUCUUGUCACUGAAAGAUGGUGCUUCCCAGGAUGGAUUCACCGGACCUCUCUACAACUAUUUCUCUCACAGAAUCCAGCAGAACCUCCACAUUGUUCUGAUCAUGGACUCCUCCAACUCUAACUUCACCAUCAACUGUGAGAGCAACCCAGCUUUUUACCGCAAGUGCUCUGUCCAGUGGAUGGAAGGAUGGUCUGAAAGCAGCAUGAAAAAGAUACCCGAGCUGUUGUUGGCAAAAACUGAGCAGGGAGGGGAGGAGACCGAAAGAGAAAAGGGCAGCAAGAGGAAAAGCUCAGGAGGGUCUGGGCAGGGGGAUCUGUGCCGAUUGUUCUUGAUGGUCCAUGAGUCAUGUCGCGAACACGGUGCAACACCGAGCAAGUACAUGGCCUUUCUGCAUGUUUACACCGCAUUAUACAGUCGGAAGCAAAAGCAGCUUACUACAAGACAGCAGCAUCUGCAGGCAGGCGUUUCUAAGCUGAAUGAAGCUAAAACAUUGGUUGAUGAACUAAAGAGGCGGGCUGCAGAGCAGAGCGAACUGCUGAGGACUAAACAACAGGAGGCAGAUUCUGCCCUGCAGGAAAUCACAACCUCCAUGCAGAAUGCCAGUGACCAGAAGGCAGAGAUGGAAAAAUUGAAAGGGAAAAUGGCUCAAGAAGUGUCCAAGAUUGAAGAGAGAAAAGCCAAAAUCGACGACGAGCUGAAAGAAGUACAGCCUUUGGUAGAUGAAGCAAAGCGUGCAGUUGGAAACAUCAAGCCUGAAGCGCUGUCUGAGAUCCGCUCCCUCCGCAUGCCUCCCGAUGUCAUCAGAGACAUCCUUGAGGGGGUACUGAGGCUGAUGGGCAUCUUUGACACCUCCUGGGUCAGCAUGAAGAGCUUUCUAGCUAAACGUGGUGUGAGGGAGGACAUAGCUACAUUUGAAGCCAGGAACAUCACUCCUGAGAUUCGCCAGAGUGUGGAAGAGCUACUCAACAGGAACAGGGCUUCGUUUGACCCUAAGAAUGCAAAGCGUGCAAGUGCAGCAGCUGCUCCUCUGGCUGCCUGGGUCAAAGCCAAUGUCCAAUACUCCCGCGUCCUAGAGAGGAUAGAGCCACUGGAAAGAGAACAGGCUGGACUUUUGGAAAACCUGAGGAAGACUGAGAGUAGGAAGAAUAAACUAGAAGACCAGCUCAGCACUGUUGGAGCCAAAGUCAAUGAGUUGAAAGAGAAGUUUCAGUGUCAUACUGCAGAGGCAGCUAAGUUGGAGGCCGAUGUGUCAAAAGCUCAGGACACGAUCACUGCUGCCCAGCAGCUUAUAUCACAACUGGACGGAGAACACACACGCUGGAAUGCACAGAUGUCAGAGAUAAAGAAUGAGUUGGAUACGCUCCCUGUUAGAGCCUUGCUUGCGGCAGCCUUCAUCACCUACCUGUCUGCAGCUUCUGAAGACCGUAGACGACAGUGUCUGGACUCGUGGAUGGCUCACUCUGGACUACAGAAGUUUGACUUGCGAUCAUUCCUGUGCUCGGAGAGUGAACAGUUGAUCUGGAAGAGUCAAGGGCUGCCAUCAGAUGAUCUCUCAAUGGAGAAUGCACUGGUUAUACUGCAGAUCAAUGCACUCAAGUUGAAGAGUGUUGCGUGUCCAUUCCUGAUCGACCCAUCGUCCCGAGCUACAGAGUGGCUAUGUACACAUCUCAAACAGCACAGACUAGAGGUUAUCAACCAGCAGGAUAAUAACUUCAUGACAUCCCUAGAGCUGGCAGUCAGAUUUGGAAAAACCCUUAUCAUCCAAGAGAUGGAUGGAGUUGAACCUGUGCUCUAUCCGCUGCUGAGGAGAGACCUAAUAGCACAGGGUCCUAGAUAUGUGGUCCAGAUAGGAGACAAGGUUAUUGAUUACAAUGAGGACUUCCGUCUCUUCCUGGCAACACGGAAUCCCAGUCCCUUCAUCCCUCCUGAUGCCGUCUCAGUGGUUACUGAGGUCAACUUCACAACAACCAGGGCAGGCUUGCGGGGACAGUUGCUAGCCUUGACCAUCCAGCAAGAAAAGCCAGAGCUGGAGACUGAGAAAACAAGGCUACUACAACAAGAGGAAGACAAGAAGAUACAGCUGGCUCAGCUGGAAGAAUCAUUAUUGGAGACCUUGGCUACAGCUCAGGGGAAUAUUCUGGAGAACAGGGAGCUAAUAGACAGCCUAAACCAGACCAAAGCAAGCAGCGCCCUAAUCCAGGAGUCACUACUGGAAUCACAUAGGCUGCAGGCCUCCUUGGACCAGGAACGGGAUGCCUACCUUCCUCUUGCAGAGAGUGCUAGCAAGAUGUAUUUUGUUAUCACAGACCUGUCAAAGAUCAACAACAUGUACCGCUUCAGCCUCGCCUCUUUUCUGCGCCUCUUCCAAAGAGCUCUUCAGGCCAAGAAGGAAGAAGAGAAUACUGAUGCCAGGAUUGCGGCAUUAGGAGCCAACUUGAAGAAUAUGGUUUAUGAGUAUGUCUGUCGGUCUCUUUUCAAGGCUGACCAGUUGAUGUUUGCUAUACACUUUGUGAAAGGCAUGUACCCCGAACUCUUCCUCGAGAACGAAUGGGAUGUCUUUACUGGGUCCAUCGUAGGAGAAAUGUUUAAGAAAGAGGAGUUCCCUUCUUGGAUUGAUAAGGAGAGGCACGGAGCAGUGGCCAUUUUAAAAGCUACGUUCCCGGCUCUCUACCAGACCCUCUGUUUAAGCGACUCAGACCUUUGGCUGUCCUUCUUGCAGAGCUCACACUGUGAACAAGAAAUCCCAUCUUCCAUUGCCAAGAAGAUUACUCCCUUCCAACAGCUGUUAUUGGUUCAGGCUGUCAGACCAGACCGGCUGCAGAGUGCCAUGACUUGUUUUGCCUCUCAAACCCUGGCUAUGAAAGAGCUCUCACCCCCUCCUCUGAAUCUGCGGCGUCUCUACACCGAGACAAUGGAAUGGGAGCCAGUGUUGAUCAUCAUCUCUCCAGGGGCAGACCCUUCCCAGGAGCUCGCAGAACUAGCAGCCGAAACUGUUGGCAGGGACAAUUAUCAUGAGAUCUCCAUGGGUCAGGGGCAGGCUGAUGUAGCCUUAGCUACACUCAGAGAAUGCUCCCGAAAUGGAGACUGGCUUUGCCUGAAAAACCUUCACCUUGUCACCGCAUGGCUUCCCCUCCUGGAAAAAGAGCUAAAUGUGCUACGGCCCAAAGCAGGCUUCCGUCUUUGGCUGACAGCAGAAGUUCAUCCCAGAUUUCCCCCCAUUCUGCUGCAGUCCAGCCUUAAGAUCACUUAUGAGGAUCCUCCUGGAUUAAAGAAGAAUUUGCUGAGGACAUAUGAGUCCUGGACUCCAGAGCAGAUCAGUAAAGGAGGUAUUCUGGCCAGAGCCCAGUCUCUUUUCUGUCUGGGUUGGUUCCAUGCCGUCUGUCAAGAGAGACGAAACUACAUCCCACAGGGCUGGACAAAGUUCUAUGAGUUUUCCUUGUCAGACCUUCGUGCUGGCUUUGAGAUUAUCGACAGGCUUUUUGAAGGUGGUAAACAAUUUCAGUGGGAGUUUGUCCACGGUCUGUUGGAGAAUGCUAUCUAUGGGGGACGUAUUGACAACCCGUCUGACCUCCGCAUCUUGCGCUCCUACCUUGAGCAGUUCUUUUCCGCACGUCUCCUUUCAUCCUCCCUCUCUGCUGGACAGAGAAAAAGUAGAGGAGGAUUCUUUCCACCUCAGAUCAGCCUCCCAAACUCUUGUGCCAUAUUGGACUACCGCAGAGUAAUAGAGAAUCUCCCAGAGGAUGACAGGCCAGCAUUCUUUGGUCUGCCUGCCAACAUAGCGAGAUCCUCCCAGAGAAUCGUCAGCUCCCAGGUAAUUUCUCAACUGCGCAUCCUGAGUCGCUCAGUCGCAACAGGUUCAAAGUUUGACAGGGAGCUCUGGUCAAAUGGACUGUCACCUAUCCUGAACUUAUGGAAGAAACUCAACCAGGGCUCUACACUAAUCCACCAGAAGGUGGACCCACCUACAGAGAGUCAGAAAUCACCAGUCCUUUCAUUCAUUUCUCUGGAACAGUUCAAUGCCAUCCGCUUGGUCCAGAGUAUACACCAGUCCCUGGCUGCACUGAGCAAGGUUAUCCGAGGGACUCAACUGUUAACUCCAGAAGUCCAGAAACUGGCCACUGCCCUACUAAAUCAAGAGUGUCCUUUAACAUGGCAGAAUAAAUGGGAGGGACCAGAGGAGCCAAUGCAGUACCUCAGAGCUGUAGUAACACGGGCCCUCGCCAUACAGAGCUGGGUGGAACGUGCAAAUAGACAGGCACUCCUGUCAGACAUCCUAGAUCUAUCUGAGCUAUUUCACCCUGAUACCUUUCUUAAUGCUUUGAGACAGGAAACUGCCAGGACCAUGUCCUGUUCUAUGGAUAGUUUGGUGUUUGUUUCGUCAUGGAGGAGUCCAAUUGCACAAGCAAAACUACAAGUAAAGAUUGGAGGUCUCCAGUUGGAGGGUUGCAGUUUUGAUGGUGUCCAUCUUUGUGAGAACCAGCAUGAUUCUCCCAGCGUGUCAGCUGUCCCAACGUGCUACAUGGCCUGGGUUCCACAGAACUCUGUUGCUGCCUGCACUGCAGCAGAGGAGAGUAUCUGUCUGCCUCUCUAUACCAGCUCUGAGAGGGUGAAGGUGGUCACGCACAUCUCUCUGCCCUGUGGAGCAAACCCCAACCAGUGGAUACAGUGUGGAGCGGCUCUUUUUCUCAAACAGCAGUAAGAGGACGGGAUCUGGUUGUGGCGGGACUCACAGAGAGAAAAGGGAUUUUCUGUGCUCAGUAUCUGACCGGAUGGAUUGUUAGCACUCUGAUAUGUCAGGGUAAUUUUUCAGUGAAGCGCAUUAGCUCAUAGACCAAACCUUUUAAAACACACACACUUUAUUUCAUAUCAUUUGUAUAACAGAGUACAAGGGAAAGGACCAGAGUGAAGGAAAACAGGACGAAAGAAUAACUGAUGCUUUCUCGGGUUGUGCUACGACACUAAAACUGAAUAAAAAUCUAAAAGACAAACAGCGGUGAUACUGUUAAUAAACUAUACAUGCAUUAUUAUUUGGAUCCCAAGAAACACUACUACACUAAAACUGUCAGUAAGUCUUGCUGCUUCCAGUCUCACAAAAAAAUUGUGUUUAUUACAUGUUAAAAAAUGUUUUUUGCAUAGGCAUUGUAUUCCCUGCUGUACUUUUGGACGUAUUUAUUCAAAAUAAAGGUAAAAUAAAAACCAU